CUGCGCAGUUAGAUGGUGUGUUAUGAGACGGAUUUUGUUAUGGACUCAGUCAGGGUGAAAGUUUAGUAAACCCUUGGGGCUCCUUGCUCUUCGUUUCUAGAGAGGACUGCUGCUAACUGGGGAACUACCACUACUAGCUGACCAAUUAGCUAAUAGGAUGUUUCCAGCUUGCAGAUAUUCAAUUCAAGCCCAGAGGUGUAUGCGAGUAUUGAAAACAGUGCAAGCAGAACAUGCUUCGCUGCAGCUCUACGCAUGGAGACGAAAUGGCUCAUCUGCCGUGACACCCCGCAUAACAUCCCACUACUCAAUCUUCCCCAGGGACAACGACCCACGAUGGGAAGGUGUGGAGAUGGAGCGGUUUGCUGACGAGGCCGAUGUGGUGAUAGUGGGCGGGGGUCCAGCAGGCCUGUCGGCAGCCAUCCGGCUGAAGCAGCUAGCCAAUGAGCAGGAGAAGGAGCUGCGUGUGUGCCUGGUGGAGAAGGCCUCUCAGAUUGGUGCACACACCCUCUCUGGCGCCUGCCUGGAGCCAAGCGCCCUCAUUGAGCUCUUCCCAGACUGGAAGGAGAGAGGGGCGCCCUUAAACACACCCGUCACAGAGGAUUUGUUCAGCAUUCUGACCAAGAAACAUCGAAUUCCUGUCCCAAUGUUGCCAGGUCUGCCCAUGAACAACCACGGGAACUACAUAGUGCGGCUGGGUCAUUUUGUACGCUGGUUGGGAGAGCAAGCUGAGGAGCUGGGUGUGGAGAUAUACCCUGGCUACGCGGCAGCGGAGGUAUUGUUCCAUGAAGAUGGAAGCGUGAAAGGGAUUGCCACCAAUGACGUGGGCAUCGCAAAGGAUGGUUCGCCCAAGGAUGUGUUUGAGAGGGGAAUGGAGCUCCAUGCUAAGGUGACCCUGUUUGGAGAGGGCUGUCACGGCCAUCUAGCCAAACAGCUCUACCAGCGAUUCAACCUCCGGGAGAACUGUGAACCCCAGACGUAUGCCAUUGGCCUGAAAGAGCUAUGGGUCAUUGAUGAAAAGAAGUGGAGACCAGGCAGAAUAGAACAUUCGGUGGGCUGGCCACUGGACAGGAACACGUACGGUGGUUCCUUCCUCUAUCACUUGAACGAGGGCGAGCCGUUGGUGGCCUUGGGCUUUGUGAUUGGUCUGGACUAUACCAACCCCUAUCUCAGCCCCUUCAGAGAGUUCCAGCGCUGGAAGCAUCAUCCUUUCAUUGCUAAGACCCUGGAGGGGGGGGAUAGAAUUGCCUAUGGAGCCAGGGCGCUCAACGAGGGAGGCUAUCAGUCUCUCCCUAAGGUGACAUUCCCAGGGGGGAUGCUGAUUGGAUGCAGUCCGGGCUUUAUGAACGUACCGAAGAUUAAAGGUACCCACACGGCCAUGAAGAGUGGCAUGCUGGCCGCGGAGGCCAUCUUCCCUAAAGUCACAGCUGAAGACCCAGCUUCUGAAACAACCGGAUUUCACAUACCUGAGUAUGAAGAGAAUCUGAAGAAGUCUUGGAUCUGGAAAGAGCUGUACUCAGUGAGGAACAUCAGGCCGUCAUUCCACAACUACUUUGGGCUGUACGGGGGCAUGCUCUACACUGGGGUCUUCUACUGGAUAUUUAGAGGAAAGGAGCCGUGGACACUGAAACACGCAGGCUUGGACUCGGCCCAGCUUAAACCGGCUAAGGAGUGCUUACCCAUCGAGUACCCCAAGCCGGAUGGCAAGCUGAGCUUCGAUCUGCUCUCCUCGGUGGCUCUGAGCGGCACCAACCACGAGGGGGACCAGCCGCCCCACCUCACCCUGAAGGACGACAGCGUCCCCGUCGCCCGGAACCUGGCCAUCUAUGAUGGGCCGGAGCAGCGCUUCUGUCCAGCAGGUGUGUACGAGUACGUCCCCCUUGAGACUGGAGAAGGUAUGCGGUUGCAGAUCAAUGCUCAAAACUGUGUCCACUGCAAGACGUGUGACAUCAAGGACCCCAGCCAGAACAUCAACUGGGUGGUGCCGGAAGGCAGCGGAGGACCAGCCUACAAUGGAAUGUGAUUUAUUCCCCAUUUUAUUCAGGCAUAUCGAGGAACCAAUUGUAGCCCAAGAAGCCUCUAUAAACCCUCUUCAGUGAGUUGGCUGUGUAAGUGCAUUUGGGGCUUGCUGCCAACAAUACUGCUCGUAGAACUUAGGAACUGUAUUAUGUGCCUGAAUAUGGAACCGACUGUCACUGUUCUUUUAACAUGGGCAUUGCAAAUAGGAAUCAAAACAGGUGUUUUUGGUUUAUAUACAGUUUUCAGAAUAACUUAAAUGAUUUUAUGUAUUUUGUAUGUGAUGGAAAAAGCUGUGUUAUGAUUACUGACCAUGGAUGGACAGAUCUUAAAAUUAGACAAUAUUUAGUUAUCCUGAUUUAAGUUUUAUUUGAUUACUUACUACAAAUCCCAUUAGCAACAACAUUGUAUGAUCUGUAAGAUACUGUACAUAAUGUCCUUAGCAGGUAGAAUGUCUGUGAAUAAACAUUUAUGAUGCCUGUCUUAACUUUA